AUGACAAGGAUGCUGGAGGAAGAGAAUAAGCAAAAGCAACCAUUGCACCUGUCGACGCAUACACUAACUUGUGCCUACACGUUUGUUUGUCUAGCGAAGGCAGAACGACUAAGGGACACCGAAUACCUUUUUGGCUUUAGUGUGGAUGCCCGGCAUCGAUUAGAGGAUCCUCUCCCUGAGACUUAUUUUGGGAAUUGCGUAGCAGGUCGUAUGGCCAGUUUACAGGCAAACGAGCUUUUGGGAGAAGAGGGGAUGGAGAUUCUGGUAAAGGCUAUAAGCGAAGCUAUCAGAAGUUUAGGUGAUGGUGUCCUAAGUGGGGCCGAAAAAUUGUUGGAAGUAGUGUUCACUAGAAAGAAUGCUAGAAUAAUUGGCGUUGCGGGCUCACCUCGAUUUGAGCUUUACAAUACUGAUUUUGGGUGGGGAAAGCCAAUGAAGGUGGACAUCAUAUCCAUAGAUAAAACAGGGGCUAUAUCUAUUUCUGAAACUAGGAAUGGUGCUGGAGAAAUCGAAGUAGGUUUGGUUUUGAAGAAACCUGAAAUGGAAGUGUUUGCUUCACUGUUUGCCAAAGGUCUUGAAGGCUUGUAA